AUGGAAAUUUUUAAAUGUAGAUAUGUAAAUCAUGAAAAUGAAGAAAUAAUAGGAUUUUGCUUAAAUCAGAAUUGUAAGAAAGCAACAUAAUAUUGUUAUUUAUGCUUGACUUAGACACAUUCAGAUCAUUAAAAUGAUUGUAUUAGAUUUGUCACAAUGAAUUAACACAUCAACUAAUUCAUAUAAGUCUAAAAAUAAUCUAAUUCUUAAAUCAAAGGAAUAAUCAUUCAAAUGAAGAAUUGUUUUGAAUAGAUUUAAAAAUUGAUGGAUUAAGAAAUUAACACAUUAGAGAACAUGAACUAGAAGCUUUUAAACAAAGAUUAUUUAACUUUUAAGUCUGAAAUAAAAAUAAUCAAACAAUUUUACUCAAAGGAAAAAGAAAUUUAGAUUUGUAAUUUAUUUGAAUUAUUUUAAUAGAAAAACAAAUAAUAGAAUUCAAUCAAAUUCUUAAUACAAUCAAAAAUAUGGUAUCAAUUUAAUAAAAAAUUAAUGAUAAAUCAAAUAUUGGUUAAGUUAAAAAAAUAUCUAUUGAAGAGCAAAAGAAUUAAAAAAUCAAAGAAGCAAAAGAGUUAUUUAAAAAAGGUAAACUAAAUUUAGAAUAAAUAGGAUAAGAACUAGCUACUAAUGGUUAAUUUAAUGAAGCAAUAAAGAUAUUGAAUAACUCAAUUCAACAAUUCGAUUAAGAUGACGAAGUUUAUCUAUGGAAAGGUAAUAUUUUAGUUUAUAUAUUUAGGUUUCGCAUUAGAUAGUUUAAAUUAAUAUGAAGAUGCUAUUGAGUGUUACGAUAAGGCUAUUUCUUUAAAUCCUAAUGAUUAUAAUACAUGUUACAAUAAGGGUAUUCCAAUUUCAAAUAUAAAUAUUUAGGUUUCGCAUUAAGCAAUUUAAAUAAAUAUGAAGAAGCUAUUGAGUGUUACGAUAAGGCUAUUUCUUUAAAUCCUAAUGAUGAUAAUAUAUGGAACAAUAAGGGUAUUCCAAUUUCAAAUAUAUUUAUUUAGGUUCCGCAUUAAGCAAUUUAAAUAAAUAUAAAGAAGCUCUUGUUUGUUACGAUAAUGCCAUUUCUUUAAAUUCAAAUAACAGUUAUCUAUUUUCAAAUAAAGGUAAAUUACUUUUUAAAUCAGGUUUUGCUCUACAUCAAUUAAAGCAAUAUUAGAAAGCAUUACUUUUUUAUGAUAAGUCUCUAUCAAUUUUAGUUACUCCUUUGACAUUAAAACUCAAAGGUAUUAUUCAUUAUUAUUUUAAGCUGAUUCACUAUUUGAAUUAGGAUUGAAAUCUUAAGCUAAAAAGUUUUAUUUGACUGCUUUGGAACAAGGAUCAACUGAAACACAAUACAUAAAGAAAUAAUUAUCACAAUUAUGA